GUUGAACAUGGUGGAGCCCAAGAGGGCGGUGACCAUUCUUUCAUUGGCGUUUCCAAAGAGGAUAGUAAAGCUAGAAACCAUCACUGACUAACAAAUGCUUUAUGCAAAACUUUUUUUUAAAUAUAUUUUUCACUAAUUAAACUGGUCCUCCUACCUUAAUAUAGUUUAUUUGCUUUGUCUUUUCCUCUUUUACAUGUUUUUAUUUUUGGUCUUUUUUAUUGAAGUGUAUCUUGACCUCAAAGUUGUAUUUAUGUAUACAAGAUCAUUGGAAGAAAGACGGUGAGGUGGUUGGGGGUGGAGUGAAUUGGGGGGAGGGUUAAUGCACACAACACACUGCAUCAAAGCCCAGCACUGCUCCAAGCAUGAUGCGUCAGCAGUCCAUUCAUGUUCCUCUUUUCCACGAAAGGACGCAGCAAAAGGAGACGGCAAGACAUGGAAGAAAAAGUAAAGAGGGAGUGAAGCAAACACAAAUGAAAAUCGAGCAACCGUCACGAAAGAAAAAGCAGCCCAUCUGCCUGCCUUCGCUAUGACAGACUCCGUGGAAUGGCCGGAUUGGUGCUGGGGCAUGGGUGAGUUAAAAUGUGGUUACAGUGGGGAUGCCACAUUCCAUCUCUGCCUAUUUUGUCAAGUGUUUAUCAAACCACAAAAUGUCCCAAAAAGCCACAUUACAAAGCUAUAAGAAUAAAAAAAAAGGAGCAGAUCUCUAAAAAGGUCUGUGCUUUAAGCUCACCCAACUACCUCAGGACACUGCAGAAAGCAGGAGGGAGGCAUAGAGAGCAAAAAAAAAGAGAGAGAGAAAUGGAGAGAGUGGGUAAGAGAGUGAGAAAGAGAGCACAAGUGAGCAGGAGAGAGACGGCACACGCUCUCUUUUGCUGCUACAUCGGAUCCUUUCCACAUCGACGCUGCUGUUAACGUCACGCCUGUGAGCCGCGCUUGCCCAGCGCUUGCCUCCUUUGCCUUGCUUCUUUCCCCAGUUGGAUGCUGCAUUAGCGAGGGGGUGCUGAUCACCGCAAAAAAAAAAAGAAAAAGAGGAAAGGAAAGCUGGAAACGAAGAAACAAGCCACUGAGAGGAGGGGGGAAACUGUGCACUGCUCUUCUCUUUAACCCACCUCAAUCAAACCAGCUACGAGACCUCCUCUCCACUCAUCAUUCCCAUCCAACCCCCACCCCAUUCUCCUUCAGAAGAAAUUGACGGAUUAUUGGGAAGUGUUCAGGAGGCAGGCAGCAGCUGCUGCUGUGCCUGCUCGCAACUGCCGCUGUGUGCUUCGCAGGGAUGGUGUCUCCUUGUCUGCAGUUGCUGCUGCUGCAACCGCAGCGACCGAGGCUGGAGCGUGUGGCUUGUUAAGAGGACUAAGAAGCUAAUGAAGGGAGUGUGUGUCCUUUUCAACCCCCGCCAAGCGCUCCCCGAGGAAUGAAAUAAAAAUUGAGAAGAAUUAAGUGGACACGAUGGCACAACCCUGAGAGAGCGCGCAAAGGAAAAAGAAAUGCGAGAGAAGGAGAAGGGCUGUAAAGACUGACCAACCGACCAACUGAUUGACUACUUAAAAAGUGAACAGAGGAAUACCAAGAAGGUGGGGGUUGUUUUUUUUUUGUUUUUGUUUUUUUAAAGCUCUUCAGCUUUCCCUCCAACCCACGACAAACAUAAAGGCGUAGAAGAUUGAUAAGGACUGUGGAAUUUUCAUUCAAUCUUUUACGCCCUCCUUUUUGACAGUUUGUUGCAUUAAACUGCAUGUGUGUUUUUAUGGUCACCAGUACUAUGGAGACCUGGGAAAGGUGUCAAGAAAGGAGAUCAACUGUCGGAUUCCAAGGACAAGCAAGACGAGAGGGAACGACAGCAAGAACCAAACGAGGAAUCGCUGCUGCUCUGGGAGCCUGACUGGAUUCCUGUCUGCAGUCUUUUUUUUUUCUUCUUCCCCUCAUCAGAGCGGGAGAAGAAAAACUCACAAAAGGCCUUCAAACCCUUCUCUUUGGAUGUAUGGAUUUACAAAAGGGCUCAACAUCGUCUAGAUUAAGCUCUUUGGCAUUGAUACUAAUUUUGACAGGGCAAAUAAAAAAGGGUUUUCUUUGCUGCUCUUGGAUACAAAUGCGUCUGACGUGAAAACCACAACUCUUUCUGAUUGCAAAAAGGACGGAAUAUAUUUAUCUCUGUUCAAGGACCUGUAAAAAUAACUUGAGAUAUUCAGUUACUCUCCCUGUCCCAAAACCCUCCAGACACCUGUCCCAAACAUCCCCAUCCUCCCCCCCAGAUGAUGCUGAAUUAUGAACGUGCCACAUCAUGAGUCUCCUGGGGCGGGUAGCUGUGCAUCGUGCCAGGAAAGCCGCCCUGUUCUGUGUAUUAUUCCUGAUGGUGCGAGCGUGGAGCAGCGCCUCCCUGGCCUUGGCGGGGGCGGCGGUGCCUCAAGGACCUCAGGGCUGUCCACCACAGUGUUCCUGCAGUAAUCAGCAGGGGAAAGUGGUGUGCACUCGAAGGGGCCUAACCCGAGUGCCCCCUGGGAUUCCUGCCAACACACGACACCUCAAUCUAAUGGAAAACGCCAUUGAGGCGGUGCAGGCUGACUCUUUCCGCCAUCUGCACCACCUUGAGGUGCUCCAGCUUGGGCGAAAUGCCAUACGGCAGAUUGAGGUGGGUGCGUUUAACGGACUGACGAGCCUCAACACAUUGGAGCUCUUUGAUAACAGGUUGACAGUUGUGCCUAGUGGGGCCUUUGAGUACCUGUCUAAACUGAGAGAACUGUGGCUGAGGAACAACCCAAUUGAAAGUAUUCCCUCAUAUGCCUUUAACCGGGUGCCCUCACUCAUGAGACUGGACCUAGGAGAACUAAGAAAAUUGGAGUACAUCUCAGAAGGAGCUUUUGAAGGUCUACAAAAUCUCAAGUACCUCAACCUGGGAAUGUGCAACAUAAGGGGUGAUAUGCCAAACCUGAGUCCCCUAAAGGGCCUUGAGGAGCUGGAGAUCUCGGAAAAUCUGUUCCCUGUGAUAAAGCCGGGCUCCUUCAAAGGUCUACGGUCUCUCAAAAAACUAUGGGUGAUGAACUCACAAAUCACCAUAAUUGAACGCAAUGCUUUCGAUGGCUUAUCUUCACUGGUGGAACUCAAUCUUGCCCACAACAACCUGAGUGCAGUGCCACACAACCUAUUCUCCCCACUCAGGUACCUGGUGGAGCUUCAUCUUCACCACAACCCUUGGAACUGCGGCUGUGAGGCGGCAUGGUUAGCACGCUGGCUAAGGGAGUACAUCCCUACCAACUCAACUUGCUGUGGACGAUGCAACUCACCUGUUACGAUGAGAGGACGUCAGUUAAUUGAAGUGGAACAAGGUGAGGGUGCAGCAGUUCAGUGUUCUGCACCAUUCAUUGCGGAUGCACCAAGGGACUUGAACAUUUCAGCAGGGAGAGUUGCUGAGCUGCGUUGCAGCACUGCCCCAAUGUCUUCAGUGAGUUGGUUGCUACCCAAUGGGACUAUUCUGACACAUGCCUCUUGGCACCCCAGGAUAUCAGUACUUAGUGAUGGUACCCUUAACUUCUCAAAUGUCUUGGCAGUAGACACCGGUACUUACACAUGCAUGGUGUCCAAUGCGGCUGGGAACUCUAACGCCUCGGCCUAUCUCAACGUGAGCGCAGCCGAGCUCAACACGUCCGUCUUGAGCUACUUUACCACAGUGACUGUGGAGGUCUUGGGUCCGACGACAGAGAUGCCCAAACCUAAGACUAGCAUGACAACAGCUGCUGCAGGAGCUGGAGUUGCAGGAGGAGGAGGAAUAGGCCUAGGGACAACAACCACAACUGCAGCUCCUUCUGAUUAUCAACCAGUUUUUAUCUCAACACCAACAGUGCUGCUGCAAAACACUGACAGUCCAGCAAACGCAGCCAAGCCAUCUAUUUUACCGGGACUUAGAGGCGUCACUGGCAAACCAGGCAAGUCUGGCCCAAGCCUGGAUGAAGUGAUGACGACCACCAAAAUCAUCAUAGGUUGCUUUGUGGCAGUGACAUUGUUGGCUGCAGUCAUGUUAAUUGCCUUCUACAAACUGAGAAAGCGCCACCAGCAAAGGAGCACAGUGGCAGCUGCCCGAACAGUGGAGAUUAUUCAGGUGGAUGACGAGGACCUUCCACCACCAGCAUCAGCAACCCAAGAGUCAUCUCUAACAUUACCUGAAAUACGGGACCACAACAGCAUUCAUAAACUGGAUUUUAUCAGCCACAAGACUGAAUACAAUUUUCACAAACCUAAGGCUGAAUAUAAACCCCAGCCGGAUUUUACAUUACACAAGCCGAAGGCGGAAUACACCACAUAUAAGCCAAAUAUGGACUUCAGUAGCCACAAACCCACAGCAGAAUACAACACGCACAAAUCAACACCUGACUUUAGCCUUCAUAGACCAAAGCUCGACUGCAGUCCAUUUAGACAGGACUACAACCCUCACAAGCAAGAAUACAGCCCAUUUAAGACAGAAUUUGGCAUUCACCAUAAGGUUAAAACAGAAUAUAGUCCCUUCAAAGCAGAUUACAGCACUCACCCUAGACAGAGAACCGACUUCAGCCCAUUUAAACGAGAUUAUAGCACCCAACCAAAAGUAAAACACGACUACAGCCCAUUGAAAUCGGACUACAACACACAACAUAAAUCGAAAUCUGAAUACAGUCCAUUCAAGACAGACUUUGGCACUCACCCAAGAUUUAAGCCUGACCAUAUGCCAUUUAAGCCUGACUAUAGCACUCAACCCAAGCUCAAGAUGGACUACAAUCCCCAGAGACCCAAGACAGAUAUAACCUACAAAACUAAGGAUCAUUACACUCCUCAUAAGACUGCGCCCGAUUACAACGCCUUCAAGACCGAAUUUAGCCCCCAUCAAGUGGAUUACAGCGCCUUCAAGUCUGACUUCAGUCCACACACUCAGAGACCGAAACUCGAUUAUAGUCCACAUAAAAUGGACUACAGCCCUCAUAAGAUGGACUACAGCACUCUUAAGCCCAAAUACAACACGUACAAACCAACCGGCCACGGAGCUAAAUGGACAGACAACAAUGUUGGUAAUUCUUUGCCUCGAACCCUGCCCAGCACCGUCACCACGAUGGCUGAGCCCUACGUCAUCAAAACUCACACCAAGGAGAAGGUACAAGAGACUCAGAUUUAAAAAGUCACCCCCGCCCCCUUCCCCUUUUAAAAGCUAUCAUUUCCUUCCCUGUCUCCAGCUCCAACCCAACUAAGUUCCACUCACGAUUUCCUUUACUCAUGAAAAUCAUGCAAUAGAAUGCACAAGAAAAAAAAAGGACAGGAGCUACUUUUUUUGUACAGAGUGCAAACUUUAAAAGACUGACGAUUUAUUGUUGUACAUGCUUAUAAAUAAAUAUAUAUAUAUGGACAAACUGAAAAUACCAUGGGUUGGUGAUAGAGAAACAUAUAUUAAAAAAUAAAAAUGAGCUAUUUUCUAACUUGUAACUUCUAUUUAAAAUGAGUUGUUUAAGAUGCUGUCUUGACUUUGACAAAUGAGGGUAGUAUUGUUUUAAAAAGGGGCAUUCUGUGUGAUUUUUACACCAUGCUUCACAGAAUGCAGUGACGAGAAAAAUAUUUAUACAGAGAAGACUUUCUUUAACAAAACCGAAAAAAGGUCAGUGCCGAUCUUUACAGGUUUAUCUUGUAAAAGCACCAAGAAUUUGUACUGUGCCAAAUGUUAUAAAUGCAAUAAAAAUGAUUUUUUGGAAGAAAAAAAGGACAUCUUAGAGAGCAAUGUUUUCUUUCCCCCUUUUUUUCUUCUUUCAGUUUGUACUGUAACGAUCUGCCAAAUGCUUUAGACACUGCAGUAAGAUUAUGCAGCUAUACUUUAACCCUAGCUGUGCUGAACGGCUCAGGCAGGAGGAAGCACGGCCCUAAAGAGGAGAGAACAUUUCAUUUUUAAACUUUAAACACCUCCUGUGAUAUGGUUUCCACGUACAAAGAGGUGAAGUUAACUCACUAUGGUCAAUACGUCAAUAAAAGACGUUGCAGAAUAAAAAUGGUAUACGCAGACAAAUGCAGUACUGUUGCAGUCAUCUAUUUUUAAAUAAUAUACCUUCCAACUAUGGAAAUUCUUACUUUUUUUUUUUUGCUUAGCAGUGUGUUGUAUCAAUCUUAUAUCCCACUGACAUGUGGAAAUACAGGGAGCAUAGCCUUUAGCAGAAAGAUUGUUAUUUCCUUCACUAUGCAGUUCAGGGUGAAAGGAAAGUGUGCUUUUAGAACCCCAGCUCUAGGAAAAAGCAAAAAUUUACAAAAAAAAAAAUACAGAUGGCAACACAUUUGAUGAGGACUGACGAGAGUACAUUGAGGUGAUUUGGUUGGUCUUUUGUUUAGCCAUUUCACAAGAUCUCAAGGUUUAAAAAAAAAAGUAUCAUUGCAUCCAUUUCAUUUUUUGUGUGUUACUGAUUAAAAAAAUCUAGUUUCAUAAAAAAUAUAUAGUCUUGGGUUUAUCAAUGUAUUUGAGAUACAGGGUGUGAAGAACAUUAAUACCCUUAAGGCUCCACUAGAAUUUAAGCAACUAACUACAACCUACAUGAAUGUAGUAUUUAAGCCUGUUAUAACCGGAGCAAAUUUCUUACAAGAAUUGAUACUUUUUUCUAAUUUCAGCAAUGCAUUUAAAAUUAAAGAAUAUAUUCUACAGGCAGAAGAUGGGCACAUGAUGACAAUUCUGUCUCAUCUGAGCUAUGCCAUAGAGAGAAGCUAAAGAAGAGGAACUUCGGUAGAUUUGAAUAGAAAAUGCCAGUGAAAAUGACUAAAACUUAACAUUUUAGUUACAUUUGUGUUAAUUUGAUCUGAUACAGGGAUUUGAAUCCAACACUGAGCCUGUUUAAUAGCUUCCAAAACUAAGCUUUUAUUUGACUGCUUUGUUGAGACUAUCAAAAAUUAAGCAAAAGAUUAUGACUUCAGACCUGGUCAAAAUGUAUUAAAUUCUAUUUAAGGUUUUACUCGGUUUUAUUAACAUCCUCUAAAUGUGAUUUGAAAGCAUGAUUUUUUUCUUUUUCCUCAAAGCAUGCAGUGCUAUGUGGUCACAUACUUGCCUGGCUGUUCUAUAAAAGGCUCCUUCACCCUAAUCGGUUAAAAUGGCUACAGGGUCAUCAAUCAGCCAAUCAGCUGGCCAGCCACUGGAGGGCCUGUCUCCAUGGGAAACACUUCUCCUCAGCCCCUCUUUUGCCACAACAUUUUUUUCUUCCUGUGUGCUUCAUUAGCAAUCAUGAAGCCACUGGAAAACGGAAGCACGGCAAGAUGGACUUAUUGAGCCACAGUUUUCAGAGGGCAAGGAGCGUAAAUUUAUAUAUUUGGUAGUGGUGUUCUAUUCUAAAAUUAUCGGGAUUUCAGAAUUCUGUCAAAAAUGAGAAAAUGGAGUCAAGGCAUAAAUGGAUAGGGGAGUGACUAAACUGUAUGUAGCAGAAAAGAAGUAAAUGAAAAUAGCGCUGGUAUGGAAAUGUGAGCAAAGGAAAUCUACACAGAAGACGAAAGAAAAAAAA